AUGCACGAUGCAACACAUCACCAUGAGCUGUGCCCUCAACAAGCUGUCAAGCAGACAGGCAAUUCGUAUGGCUCGCAAACAGUCAGCGGUCAUGCCCGCGCCGUGUUCGGGAACGUAAUCGUCAACAACGUAUACAGCGUGCCUAAUGCAGCAGAGACGAACCUGCGAACAGCCGUACUCGAAUGGCUCUCACCUCUGACCUUUCGACGCCUCCACGAAGAGAUCAGGGACAAAGCUAUACAGAAAGAUGACUCCAACCAGGCACGAACAAGUGGAGAGUAUUCGGGUAGAUGGCUGCUCGAAUCUGACACGCUUGAUGACUGGAGAUCGAGGAGAAUACGGAAGUUAUGGAUACACGGCAUGCCUGGUGCAGGCAAGAGUGUCCUCGCCUCGAUCAUUAUCGAUCAUCUCCUCAGUAUAUCUCAGGCCUUACCUAAAGAGAGUUCUUUCAAGGUCGCGUUUCUCUAUCUAAGCUACAAGGAGCAGCACUCUUUAGUACACCUCCUGGGUAGUAUCAUUCGACAGGCUGUCCAAGAUGACGAGAAAUUGCCUGAUCCAGUCCUGGAGGCAUUUAAGCGUUCAAGGAACCGUGGCGACGAACCUCCUACACAGAAAGACCUGUCGAUAAUGCUUGCUGAUCUUGUCCAGCUGAAACCUCUUUAUAUCGUGAUCGACGGACUGGACGAGUGUCACCGUGAGACUAGAGCAUCUCUGGUCAAGCUGCUGCAGCCUCAUGGUUUUCAGGACUUGAAGCUCAAUCUUCUCAUCAGCUCACGACUUUUAGACGAGUUUGAAACAUUGGCACGUGGUUUCGAGCGCGUGAACAUACGAGCUGACUCUCGAGAUAUCGACAUCUUUAUUGACCGUAUGUUUAGCGAAAAUGCCUACCUGGAAGACUUCCGCCAGCAAGAUCCAACAUUAUUGGACGAUGUCAAAGUGGCUAACAUGAGACAAUGUCUGCGUCAACUGCCAACCGAUAUCAAUUCAACCUACAAGCUUGCCGUCGAACGUAUACUUUCUCAGCAGGAAGAAAAGAAGAAGCUAGCACUGGACAUAUUCGCCUGGAUUCUACAUUCAGGUACCAUGACCUUACCAGAACUUCAGCACGCCCUGUCGGUCAAUCCAACUACUCGAGCUUUCGAUCCGGAAUAUCUGCACCAAGAGACCAGAAUCCGAGAUGUUUGUGGAGGGCUUGUCACUGUCACCAAACUUGAUGUUCGCUUUGUACACUAUACUGCACAGACAUAUUUCUCCCAACAUAUGGAAGAACUUUCGGUGAACGUGCAUGCAUGGAUUGUGGAAGUUUGUGUGAACUACCUCUCCAUGCCGGCACUUGAGCAACCCGAUGAUCGUGAGGAAAAGGUUUCUUUUGCCGAUGACCUCUGGGAGGAUCCUCAAGGCUCGCUGAAUACUCUUCAAAUUCACAAGAGAUACGGCAGCAAGGGUUCUCCUGGUCGAAACUCGAGAUCAAGAACACCAUCGCCAGCAGCUCAGAAGCAAUCUUCACGGCUCAAUUUCACCACAAAGCUCGAGCGCUUUCCUUUUGCAAGAUUUGCAGCACGUAACCUUGGCUAUCAUCUGCGUAAAGUCGUAGAUGCAGACUCGCAAGCUCGACUGAUUCAGCUUCUCAAGGAUUUGACUCGGGCUCGAGCAAAGAGAAACUUCUUGUGCAGGCUCUGGUGGACAAUGAGUCUCUACUAUGCAAAGCGAGAACAAAAGAUUACCGACCCAGAACUUUAUUCCAGUUUGGACAAGUCGGAUCUACAAGGCGAUCCUCCAACAGCCGUGACUUCCGGUGGGUCAUCUGGCUCCACACCAAAUAGGGAGAUAACAGCACUGCAUGUCGCCGGCUAUAUUGGCUGGCUUCCUCUGGUGGAAGUGCUGAUUAGUGAAGGUUGCGAACUCGACCCUGUUGACUUCGAUGGACGCACACCAUUCAUUGUUGCAGUACAGGAGGGACAUUACAAUGUAGUGGGAGCACUACUGGAGGCGGGCGCAAGCCUAAACCUUACAAGACCUGCUGGUCAAGAUAUCAUGCUACAAGCCGCACAAGAAGGACAUCUUGACGUUGUCACUAUGACGCUGGCUCAAGUCCUGAAACGGUACGAGGCGCAAUCCAUCACAUCUGCGCCGGCACAUCUUCGCAAGGAGGAAAACUACCUCGACUUUCUAAUUCAAUUGCUUCUCCAGCUUGUGUGGCUUAUACUGAGUGCGCGCACAAAAUCAUCGAACACUAACAACGAUGUUCCAGCUCAAGUGCUAGAGCCAAUGUCGAAAGACAUCAAAAAGGCCAUUCUAGCCCUUUGCGAUAGCAACCUCCGGCUUCUGGCUGCUGCAGGGCUUGGGGAGGCUGACAUAGUCCAGGAACUUCUCUCCAGGGAAUACAUCAGCGACGUCGAGCCAUACAGUCUUCACACAGUGAAGAUGGCAUUAUUUCUAGCGGUCGAGUCCGGAUUUGCCACGGCGGCAGAAGCUAUCCUUGCGAACGGAACGGACGUCAAUGAUACUGACUCACGUGGUAAUACAGUAUUGCAUAGAGCAGCGCUGCGCAAUGACCUGGCGAUGAUUGAGAUGUUACUUACCUAUAAUCCGGAUGUCAAUUACAAGGACAGUAAGGGUCGUACCGCGUGGUCACUCAUUAAUGAAGGCCAAGCAACAGAAACAUUUGUUGACAGAAGAAAAGUCCUCGAUGCAUUAAUCGAAGCCGGAGCAGAUCCUAACAUGCGCGAUCGCCAGGGUGUAUCCGUAUUGUAUGGAGCGGCUGCAGGUGGGCAUAUUGAAGUCGCGCGUUACUUGCUUGAAGUGGGUGUUGACCCUGGAUCUCAGACUAUCUAUGGUUGGGCACCUCUUCACUGGGCUGCAGCAGAUGGUCACCUGGAAGUUGUUCGGCUGCUUGUCGAGGCAGGUGCCAAUCUCAACCCUUUAUCAGACACAUCGAAAACGCCCCUUGAUCUUGCCAGAUCCUGGAAGGAGAAUCCAAACCGUGAUCUUACUGUCAAAUUAUUGGUCGAGGCAGGUGCACAAUCUGCACAAGAAGUUUUGGCUUCUCGUGCCACCCGGAAACUUGGCAAAUCUCCACUCACGUCUGCUGAGGAUGACAGCGAGCAUGAUCUUGAUGACGACCGAUCUAAUGUCUCGUCUCACGAAGUUGGCAAUAGGACCUUGGAUAAUAUGUGGCAACACAUCGAGGGUAUCACGGGUGACAGUGACGAUGGAGAUGGAAGUGAAUCAGAACACAACUCGGACGAAGAAACCAACGACGAGGAGCAAGCUCUUAUCGUUUGA